AGACACCAAGGAGGAAACACCAUGGCGAAGGCCGGGGAUAAGAGCGGCGGCAGCGGAAAGAAAGCCUUAAAACGAAAAGCCGCUACCGAAGAACCUCAAGAGGCUGCAGUCGCUGAAGAUGGGGCAACGGAAAGCGGGGUCCAACCCCCGAAAGCGGCUGCCUUUCCCCCAGGCUUCAGCAUCUCGGAGAUUAAGAACAAACAGCGGCGACACUUGAUGUUCACGCGGUGGAAACAGCAGCAGCGGAAGGAAAAGUUGGCAGCUAAGAAAAAACUUAAGAAAGAGAGAGAGGCUCUUGGUGAUAAGGCUCCACCAAAGCCUGUACCCAAGACCAUUGACAACCAGCGAGUGUAUGAUGAAACCAUAGUAGACCCUAAUGAUGAAGAGGUUGCUUAUGAUGAAGCUACAGAUGAAUUUGCUUCUUACUUCAACAGACAAACUUCUCCCAAGAUUCUCAUCACAACAUCAGAUAGACCUCAUGGGAGAACUGUACGACUCUGUGAACAGCUGUCCACAGUUAUACCAAACUCACAUGUUUAUUAUAGAAGAGGACUGGCUCUGAAAAAGAUUAUUCCACAGUGCAUAUCAAGAGAUUUCACAGAUCUGAUCGUUAUUAAUGAAGAUCGUAAAACACCAAAUGGAUUAAUUUUGAGUCACUUGCCAAAUGGCCCAACGGCUCAUUUUAAAAUGAGCAGCGUUCGUCUGCGUAAGGAAAUUAAGAGAAGAGGCAAGGACCCCACAGAACACAUACCCGAAAUAAUUCUGAAUAAUUUUACAACACGGCUGGGUCAUUCUAUUGGACGUAUGUUUGCAUCUCUCUUUCCCCAUAAUCCUCAAUUUAUUGGAAGGCAGGUUGCCACGUUCCACAAUCAACGAGAUUAUAUCUUCUUCAGAUUUCACAGAUACAUAUUCAAGAGUGAAAAGAAAGUGGGAAUUCAGGAACUUGGACCACGUUUUACCUUAAAAUUACGAUCUCUUCAGAAAGGGACCUUUGAUUCUAAAUAUGGAGAAUAUGAAUGGGUCCAUAAGCCCCGGGAAAUGGAUACAAGUAGAAGAAAAUUCCAUUUGUAAAGUACUGAGGGAAUAGUAUUGGAUUUUGCUGAAGAGGCGUAUUUUUAUUUUGUGACAGAAGACCUUUUUCAAAAUGGCAUUUACUGAUUUCAUAAACCUUCUUUCAAGCUGGACAAAUUACCAGGUGCCAUGAAUUGCUACUCACGUUUAUGUAUCAGAUACAAAUAAAAGUCAUUUUGGUGAGAGUUUAUAAGUUGUAAUUUAGGUUUCCUAAAACUUAAGUCUCUUAUUUUUGGGUCAUUGUGAGUAAUUUCACUUGGAAUCAAGAUUCAAACUAACUUUCCCAUUUG